CUCUUUUACUUUUUUUUUCAUCAUCUAAUAACCCCUUAUAUAAUAUUUCCAAUGUCAACUCGUUAUGCUAGAACGAUUGAUAAGGCUCAAAAUGAGAAGAAUACAGCAAUUUUAAAGGGACUUUUACAACAACCUAGAAACAAAUAUUGUGCUGAUUGUAGACGAAAAGAUCCUCGUUGGGCAUCUUGGAACUUGGGCAUAUUUGUCUGUAUUCGUUGUUCUGGUAUUCAUCGAUCCAUGGGUACUCAUAUUAGCAAAGUGAAAUCCGUAGACUUAGAUUCCUGGAUACCCUCCCAGAUUGAAAACAUGGAAAAAUGGGGAAAUGAACGUGCCAAUAUGUACUGGGAAGCCAAUCUCAAGGAUAACAAACCAAAUGAAAGCAAUAUGGAAAUGUGGAUUCGAUCAAAGUACGAGAUGAAACGAUGGGCAAUGAAAGGACCUAUUCCUGAUCCUAAUAGUUUGAAUGGUACUUCAACUACUACUACUACCAAACCAACAACAUCAACAACUGAACAGGUAUCUUCAUCGAACAACGCCAAACCUGUCAAAGCAAAACAAACAGAAUUCAAUAGCUUGGAUGACUUUUUUGGCUCUAGUCCUAGUAACAGCACCACUACCACAUCAACUGCUACUAAUGGCAAUCAUAUUCAGCAAAAGAACGACAUUUUCUCGAUGAUAGAUAACAAUCCACCAGCAACAAAUGAACAACCAAAGAAACAACAAGUUGAUUUCAAAUCAUCCAUUCUAUCACUUUAUAAUAAACCACCUUCGAACACAACAAACUCCUUCAUGGGCAAUGGCAAUAAUUAUCAACAACAACUCUCUGGUUUGGGUGGAUUCUCAGCAACAACAACAACAACAACAACAACAACAUCAGCUCAAGAUAAUGGAUGGGGAUCAUUUGUUAGUAGUUCGGCAACCACAACAAGUUCUAUGACCAGUCAGGCACCAAUAUCUACCAAUCCUCAACAACAACCAAAGAAACAAGCAUAUGAUGCGUUUGCUGAUUUAUUGGGUUAAUCAGAAUUUAUAUAUUAUUAUAUAGAAUUUUUUGAAAUAAAGAAAGAAAAUAAAACUGUAAAAGCUUGCUGUCUUAUUUGGUAUUCGCCGUCAAA